AUGUACAAAGACGACGAUGACUCCUCGGAACACGACGUCAUCGAAGAGAUCGUCCAUCUGUUGCUCACAGAGGAUCGAUACGAAUGUGUCCUUUUCGCUUGCCAACAACUGAGAGAAAGAGAGAGAAAGAGAGAGAGAGAGAGAGGAAAACGCCCCGCUCUUUAUCCGCCCCCGCUCGUCUAUCCGAACGGUGGAAUUCUUAAGCUGCUGAUCGGCGGCACGGUGCCCAUAGCCAUGCCCAACGGCCGCAUCGUCGUCUACGGCCACAACAUACAGUACCAAUUCAAUCUGCCGGCCAACGCGAGCCUGUUCGGCGAGACGCCCAAGCUACGCAAGCGUCGAGCCGUUUCCAACGAGGAGGCAGAGGAGGAGGAGGACGAGCGUGGAUUGUUUUACCGGAUGGUCGAGCACGAGCUCGAGAGGCGAGGCAGACCGAGCAAGGACUGCCUGAAGAGGAGCAUUUGCGAGUCCGCCGAGACGCCGCUGAGGGAUGACGGUCUCCUAGGCGAGAUAUUCCACGUACUGCUCACGCCAGAUUACGGAGAUUCCAGGCAGCGGUGGCAGCGGCACCGGGAGUACAUCGAGGCGGCUGAAAUCGGCAGAAAUGGACUACUCGACUGUCUCGAGGCUUUUCCCGACUGUCCGCCUGGCUCGGGGCUGCUCGAUCACGUGUCGCGGGUUCUCUUCGCGCAAGAUUGA